ACUGUUCUCAUUUAAUCGCCUUUGUUGUCCCUUGAAUUCUCGGCAAACUGAGGCUAAUACACUCCUCUAACAAAGGAAACUUUAAAGAAAGAUUUUUCUCGAUGUCGCACCGAUUUCAUCUUCUUUGGAGUCACAGAAAACUUCAACCUUCACCAGUGAUUCCCAACAAAGGCUCUUUGUCUUGCAACUAAGCGCCGCGUCAACAAACCAGAUAACAUUGGGUACUUGUCUUUUUGAUAGCGACGACGAUAUAUAAAUAUCUCUCAUCAAUCUUUGCCUUUCUGCUAUCACCCAACUCCUCCCUUCAACAAUCACCGCUCUAUGCCCGCCAUCUGACGCCUCAUUCCAAAAUUGCAAGCCAACACCGCUGAUCCAACUCCACGACACAGACCAGCUAGCGUUACACUUUAUCGUGUGAAAAUGGAGGCCUGGCAAAUUAUACACCACCCGCUUAUACUGUUAGGCUACGCAUUCCUCACGGCUAAAUGCCUCGUUCUUAAUAUAUGGCUGUGGGAUAUAUCUCACGACUUUAGCAAUCGACAAAGACACAGGGACGAGAGAUACGGCAAGGCGGCCUUUUUCUACUCUCUCAUCUGGACAGCACACUACGGCAGCUAUUUUGUCUCAGCCCUCUGCCUACCUCUGCCCAAGUUGCCCAAGUCGCUUAGACUUAAGAUGGAAACCCGAUUUAGCUCCCUACAUGAAAUUGCCAUCAGAAUUGGAUUUGCGCUUCGAUUUUAUCAGUGGCUGUCGUAUUUUCGGGCCACUGAAGAAGCAGAGAAUGCUUCAUAUUGCCUUGAAUGCAUUUUCGGUUUGGCAUGGGUGUCAUUUUGGCCCAUCAUGAAUUCUUCAUUGGACAUUUUUUUCAACAUUGCCUUUGACAUGUAUUGGCCAUUCACGGCUCAAAAUAUCCGUCGAGGACGGCCUAAUCUGGAAUUGAAGGGGGAAGCUCAGUUUCAGGAAUUGUUGAGUGUUGAAAAUAAAAAGGCAGAAGCCUAAAGGAUUU